AAAAACAUAGUUUAAUUUGACUAGAUUACUUUAGAAAUCACCCAAUGAAAAUGAUAAUUAUUUUGCUCUUGUUUGGCAUCAAGGAAUUUACAACAGGUCGAGAUGGGAUGUGUACAUGGAUAGAUGGAAGUCGUGGUUGUUGUGCAGGUACCAUUUUUAAUAGUGCACUGAAUAGAUGCGAAAAUUGUUCAACUGGCUAUUUUGGUUUCAAUUGUACGGAUAAAUGUGUGUAUCCCAGUUUUGGUAACAACUGUCAACGAAGCUGUUUGUGUGAUAACACUUCUUGUCACUUUGCAAAGGGAUGUCCACAAACAACAGAGAAGAUCGACACGUUUGGAAAUUUGAAAGAGAUUUCACAUUCUACAUGUAUGACACAGAAAGUUAGUUCAACCGUUACAACAUGGACAUCGCUAAUUGUAGAAGAGGAAAUAUAUAUUGGAAAUUCAAUAAUACGCAACAUCAUUUAUUCUUUGGUUUUUAUCGUUAUAAUUUCCCUGAUUUUAUUGUGUGUUUUGACAAUUUAUCAAAAAUACUCUUUGAAGGAGGGAACAUGUACACGAUCAAAUAUACAACUUGAAAAUUUAUAGUUGAAUUGUAUUUCUUUUAAAUAGUUGU